AUGGCUGUUAUCGACAGCUAUCAUGCACUGAAGGACCACCUGGAGGAGUUGGUACAAGAUGGCCAACUGGCGCAACAUGUCCAAAAGAACAAUCCAUCGAACACAGUAGCCCUACGGCCGGAUUCACCUCCACUUGGUGUAAUUCACAUGAUAUACAACCUACCAUCGUCGGCCGAGGUACAUAUAAUUCAGUUGCAACCUGGCCUACCCAAGCCAAUCACACCAGCCAAACGGCCCUACGAAACUAGUAGGAUUAGCUUUGAUGACACCGACCUAGAUAGAGUAACUCUCCCCCACGCUGAUCCCCUCGUCAUCGAGCUACGCGUGAACAGAUUCACAGUUGAGCGUGUUCUCAUCGAUCAAGGAAGCACCUUAGAAAUAAUGUAUUACAAGACGUUUGUUAAACUUGGCUUCACUGAUUCAGAUAUGUUACCGGUCGAUUACCCAUUAUUCGGCUUCAAUGCCAACCCCGAGUAUCCCAUGGGUAAGAUCACACUAGCAGUACUUGCGGGUACCAGAUCAGUAGAUGUGGAAUUUCUGGUCGUCAAACUCUCGUCACCAUACAAUCUUAUCAUGGGAAGGACUCGGUUGAAUAGUAUGCAGGCUGUGCCGAUCACUUACCAUCAACUACUCCUCUUUCCAACUGAGUAUAGCAUUGAGCAAAUUCGGGGUUCUCAGAAAUCGGUAUAG